CUUCAAUAUGAUACGAGUUACUGGUGAUGAAGCAGUCUAGUGAAUAGCACGCAUCGUACAAGUCUCCCGCUUUAUUUCGCGAUUAAAUCAAAGUGAAUUGGUGCGUGUUAUUGGUGUAAAUUUUCUAUUUAAAAUCAAACAAAUAAAGAUGACGCCUCCGCUCCGGUGGGUGUUCCUGUUGGCAUUGGUGGGUUGCGCCGCGAGCGUCCCUUCGCCUCCCGUCGAUGACGCAUGCGUCUUGCUUUGCCACCCCAGGGCGAGAUCGUCUCCCGAGGGAGUCUGCGAGCUCCGGGCAGCCCAGUCCGGCUCCGUCCUGGACCAGGCGCGGAUUAUCGUCAGCCGCUGUCUGAAGCUAUGCGACCACCGGCUGCCGUCCUCCGUGCGAGUUAGCUGUUCCACUCUGAGAUCGUUCCUCGGUGCAUUCCGAGGAUGCCGUUGCUCGUCGAGCCGCGUAAUGCGCAGCAACGCGAGGGUCUCUUCGCUGGUGGACGAGCUGGCGGAGGAAAUUGUCUCGUCUUCGCCCCUCGGGGAAAUCGUGAUAUUCGUUCUCCACGCGGCGCUGUCCCGUGAAGACGCCGGUGCUGAGGGGAACGGCCCGAUUGUCGAUGAUUACGAAGCUGCAAGCCGGCCGAUACGCGAUGCAGAGGACGAGAAACCGAGGCGAUACGAUGCCGAGCAGCCUGCGGUGGACGUCGACCGUCACGACGGCGGCACCGUACGCCUGCAGGCUGAUCAAACACAGGACACCAACGCAGCGUCCAGCUCCUCCGAGGACGACGAUAGCGUUGACUGGGGUACAUGGACUGCGUACUGGACUGCGGUGCAAGCAGCAGUGCAACAAAGCUCGUGGCGAUAACGCGUGCAGAUGUGACAUCACACCGUGAUCCGCACCUCACACUGUGAGGGGAUACGUCGAGGAAGAGGUAAUGGGGAGGAGUUCGCAUGGGAGGGCAUGAAUUUACAUAUCUUGUAGGUUAAUCGGCCCGAUCCGGGCUCGUUAGACUAAGCGACUUUCGGCAUAAUCAGGGAAAAUUGUAAGAGAAAGAGGGAGGGAGCAAGAGAGAGAGAGAGAGAGAGAGAGAGAUAGAGAGAGAGAUAGAGAGAGAGAGAGAGAGAGAGAGAGAGAGAGAGCUGUGUAUGACACUUUUUCGACUUUAAUCAUUUGAACCGUCACGACUUUCCUCUCCCGACAGUUCAUCGUCUUAACAUGUGGUAGUGAUCCUCCUAUAAGCGAAAUAAUUUAAUAUUACACAGAAAAUAGAUUAUUAUUCGGCAGUCUUAACUCUAUAUGUAUCUUACAAUUACUUCUUACAAUCGAUAACUCUGUACAGAGACAAGAAAGCAGUCGAGUUGCGAGCUAAAUUGAUUUUUCCGUUUUGGAAAGGAGGGACUAUUUGUACUUUUCUAGUUUUUAUAUGUGUCUUUGUACUGUUCGUUGCAUACAGUUAAUUUCGGAUAAAUCUGGAAUAGAAUGUAUUCACUCUACAAUAUGAGAAUAUAAAAUAUAUGAGGUAAAACACGUUUACGAAAGUUCCAAAGAGUUUUUCGCCGACGUCCGACGUGUUAGAACGCAAUCGUGGGACGUUGAGUUAUAAUGAUUGUAAUAGAAGUCAUAAGAAAUUUCGCCUAGUACGUGUAACAUUGGUGUAACUGCUUUAGGCUUAAGAAUUUUACACAAGGUCCGGUCCACACGACUCGUCUUAUACUUUGCCUCGAUCAAGGAAACGUUUAUCUAGCAGCAACUGAGAUGUCUGUCGCUAUGUCAACUCUGACAAAGCUUAGGUAUCUCAGAUAACGCGUAUUUCUCCAGAAACGCGACCGUACAACGAAACGUAAUCAUAAUCUAUGUGCAAUAAAACAUAUUGUUUUUUGUAUCUUUCAACGAUAAUAAUCACAUCGCACUGAGCACGAGUCGAGUCAUUAACGCAGCGAAAUAUCACAUCUUUGUCGCAUUUCUUUGUGUAUCUUACAUUUUGCAUAUAUUUUUCUCUCUUCUAAAAACUGCGCGCUUUAAGAUAAAUUAUUACAUUGAGUAAUGAAGUAUUGCACAGUAAAAAGUUAUACCGCGCAAAUUUUCUGAUAUUGUACGCACAAUUGUGUCUUCUUAUUGAAGCGGACUGAUUGCUUUGCCUAUAUAUUGAUUGCACAAAAAGCCCCGGCCAAAGAAAUUGCGACGUGUGGACAGGACAUCGAUGUGUGAUAUGUGUAUUAUGCAAUAAAUUCUAUUUGUAUGCGCGCGCAUGAUAUGCAAUGUGCAUUCAUGCGCUGAUUAUAAUUCACCUAGCGAUCGAUAGAUAGCUUUUACAUGACGAUAGGGAUGUUAAAUAAAUAAGCGACAAGACAAAAUCCACGUCUUCCAUUUUGUAGUCGGUUUGUUACUUUGGCGGUAGUAACCGCUUUACAUGACAUUACGUAAGCGAUAAAUAGAGCGAUAAAGCACAGAUAGUUACUUGUUGUUUAAUGCGAUAAGUCUUGGGCAUGGAGUCCGGCCAGCACGUCAUCGAUCGUCAUUGAUUGCUACCGAUCGAAGAGCUGUCGAGCACGGUAUCGAAGCGGUCUCUCGAUCGUACGACAAAUAGUCGGCGCGUUCAUUAUCGCCGAUUAAAAAGAAAAAAAGUUGUGACGCGACAAUAAGACGUAGAUCUAGAAUGCCUAUGCGAUGCAUUUUCGAUCUUAUCGCGCUCUCGGCUAUCGUUCUUGCAGACGUACCCGCCUUCUCACCUUAGUUCGUUAUCUGCAAACUUUUUAACACAACAGUGAUUGAACAAAGAGUUACUUGUUGAGUGCCUGAGAAAAAUGUUGCAACUAUAAUAUAUUUAAUAUGUAAUAGAUUCAGUGUCGCAAAUGGAAGAAGAAAGCAGACACGCAAUAAUACACGUAACAAAUAUCUCGGAUCUGCCGAUUGUCGAGAGCAUGAUGAAGAAUCGGUUAU